GUUUCCUAAAAGUAAAGUUACGAAAGUUUAAACGCAAAUAUGUCACUCUUGCUUGGCGAUUCUUCCGACGGCAACAAUGACGAAUUGUUGUUUGGUGACACAUCUUCGAAUACAGGGACGAAUAACGGUGGUCUUCUUUUUGGAAAUGAAAAUUCCGACGAGCAAGGCGGCGGCCUCCUCUUUGAGAAUGAAAACUCAAACAGUCCAGACGGUGGUCUAUUGUUAGAUGAUUCAAAUGAUGAAGGAAUUUUAUUAAAUGACAACAAUGGUAAUGGUGGUGGUGGUCUGCUAUUUGACAAUGAUAACCAACCUAUCAACACCGACAACGGCUUGCUAUUUGGCGAUGGAGGAAGGUCUAACACUGGAGGAAUACCAUUUGUGUCUGUUGCCGAGCCAGAACCCGAAGGGGAGCCUGAGGGAUACCCUGAACUGGAACAAUUCACCGUCACAGUUGACAAAUGCAAACGAGAAUGGAAUCCGUGGGCAGAACCGGAACCUGAAGGAGAGCCAGAAGGGGUUUACCGACCGUACGCUGAGCCGCCAGCACCAAUGCUCCAACCAAGCGGAUAUAGGGAGCGAGGAACAUACAGUACCCUUGCGGCUGUUGUAGCAACGCUUAUCAUUGUAUUGAAUAUAGUGGUCCUAGUUGUGCUCUCCAGGAAACCGAAACAAAGGAAGUCAUUGUCGUGUUUGAUCGGAUUGAUCGCAGCAUUCGACAUUGUUGGUGGAUUGCAAUUUCUCUGGUUUAGCAGUUUUGACGUCCAACUCAUGUUUACGCACGCUGACAUGUGGAUUAUAGUGAUGUGUGGAAUUUGGAUGUUGACUAUGGCUCCUCAGAUAUCAGCUAUGAUGCAUUUCGGUCUUCACUUAUUGGAUGAAUUACAAGUCGGUGUAAACAAUGCUAAAAUAUCGUCUGGAAGAAUAAUAUUCAUUGUUUUGACCGUUUUUGUACUUCCUGUCGGUUUGUUCAUACCACCGCUGGCAGGAUGGAACUGCAUUGGUUGUCGUAGCCCUCUAGAUGACUAUUACUAUUGCGCACGGAAAUGCUCAAUGGCAAUCUUUCCAUUUACUAAAAUUUACGUUCUAUUGAUGGUUGUUCUUUUGUUUGCUGCCAUGGUGAUCGUCAUCUCAAUUUACACUACUAUAUACGUCACAAUGUGUCAGAAAAAAUGUGAAAGGAGAUUGAGUCCUAAAUCUGGCAAGGCUGAUGUGGUGAAAACGACAAUGUUACUUCUCGUCGCAUAUAUAUUAUGCGUCUUACCGGUUUCAAUAGUGAUGGUCUUCGAUUACGUUAAUUACAAAUGCGAUCCUCAUAUCAUAAACGCUUUCCAUGGAACGCUAUUUGUAAGUUUUUUGAGUAAUCUGGCGAACCCAAUAAUCGUUUUCACUUGCCUGCCAUCGAUGAGAAAUACGAAGAAGCAAGUAAAAGUUGAAGACAAUGGAAGUUUAAAAAGAAUUUCCAGCUCAUCGACAGAAGAGAAUGGAAUAAAUGGGGCGUUUACUGUAGAUGAAAAACCACCACUCGACGACGAAACUCCAGAUACCAAAGUAUGAGAGAAAUGAUCGUAAAUACAGAAACAAAAAAUACACAAACAAAACAUCAAUGAGUAUUGUAUUUAAGACAGUUAACUACUUAUUAGCUGAAAAGUCCCAAAGCUUUUGAAUUAUAUUUGGAGUCAGCUAGCUACAUUAAAUAGAAUACGGUCUUGCAAUAGAGUAGAACAAUCUUGACCAAGCUACCAAGAGAAACCUUUUUGUAAUGAGCUAAUUUAAGAGAUACCACUGCGAUGCUAAAAACUAUGAAAGGUGUUCUCAUCUGCUUGAGGAAUUGCCAUUUGAAAGUAUUUUAGUUUCAAUCUUUUAACUACAAAAUUAUCUCUGUUUUUAUCUUUUUGUUGCAAAUUCUUCAAACCAAAAUAUUACGGUUGCAUGAUGAGCAUAAUCAAUGUUUGGUGCCUAUGAAAAAGCAAUAUAGCCAAUUUCAAAUAUUAUAUUGAUUUAUUCUACACCUCAACGUUUAUACAUAUCAUAAGAGGAAAUUUGUUAUAAUCCAUUGUCAGCAUUAAUCGAAACAUUAUUUCGCCUCUACUAUGACAUUGGGAAAAUGCACACAAUGAACAUCGACGUCAUCGUUUUACUGAAAAAACUCUAUGAGUUACUUUUUUAUCUUAUAAAUAUUGUAAAUUUUAACAAUAAUAAAUAUAGUACACAUGUGUAA